AUGACGUCAAGUGUUGAAGGCUUUGGAAUUGGAGCAGUGCGCACAUUGACAUUUAAACCGGGAGAAUUCACAGUCUCGGAGAGACUGGAAAGCGUCGACCCCCUCACACAUACGAUUUCCUACGCUCUUGUACGAAACCCCGACCACCAUAGGGCUAGGAAUCCUAGGGGGAGGAUUGUUUUGGACAGCCUUGCGGCUACGAAAACAAGAUGCACAUGGUCCUCCGAGGCGGAAUGGGUUAGCGAGGACUUCAAGGCUGACUUUGCCAAAUUUAUUCACAGCAUGUACAGUGAGGCUAUUGAUUCCAUUGGCAGACUGCUAGCUACUUGA